UUCUGAAAAGUGAUAGCGAAGAGCACGAAAUUUCUGCUUCCCUUCUCAGAGACUUCUGAUCAAAGAUCAAUUGUAAUUGCCUAAUUGGUAUUUUGGUUUUUACAGAAAAAAGUUCUCUUUUCUGAAAGACAAAGGGUUUGUCUCUCUGCUCUAUUUCAUGGGAAACCUAAUCUUCGUCUGAUGAUUCGAACUCGUCUCUGAAACGAGUAGUUUUGGAAAUGGAGAAUCUGAGGAGCAAGUAUCCUUCUCUCCCUCCGAACUAUGUCACGCUCAAACAGCUCCAGGAGCGGAGGCUCAAGGAGCUGCAGAAGGAGGAAGAAGAAGAUGCAGCGAGGACAGCUCUGGAGCAGAAGAGGGGCGAGGAAGAGGAGAUGAUGCAGAAAGGAAAGGAAAAUGAAGGACAGACCAUGGUAAUGCAGAGACGAAAGGACAAAGAGAAGAGAGUUAGUAUUCAAGCAUCUGACUGGCCGGAGAGUCGCCGGAGAGGACAGAAGUGGUUGAGUCGAGGAAGAGAAGAGGCUGUGGUGAUUGGAGGAGGGCAUGCUUCCGAUGGGAAAGAAAGGUUGAAGAUCAAGCAAGAAAAAGAAGAAGAAGAAGCGCUAAAGCAGAAGGGGGAAGAAGAGUGGAGGCCUAAAGCAUCGUAUCGCCUGGAGAGGGCAAAUGGAUGGGAAUUUCGCCGGCGAGGAGGGAACCGAUUGAAUCGGGAAAGAGUGGUGGUUUCUGAUCGGAAACAAUGGCUGCAGCGUAAGGAGGAAGAAGGAGAGCGAAGGCUUCAAGAAGAUAAUCUCAAAGAAGAACCAGAGGUGCAGAAAGGGCGGCAGGAAGAAGAGAGGAACGUUAAAGCUUUUGAUCGGCCGGAGGAGAGGCGAAAUGGGCAAGGAGAGAUCGGUUUAGAGACGAAGAAUCCAGAAGGGGAAGUGGAAGAAGAGAACUGUGAUCAGAAAGAAAAGAUAAACGAAUCGAAGAAGUCAGUGAAAAAGAAUAAGAGGAAGAAAACGAAGGUAAAAGCGGGAGAAACCCAAACAGGAAAGAUAGCAGGGGCGUCGCCGGAAAAAGUAAGGGAAGAGGAAAUUCCGACAAUGCCGAUGGAAAAUCCGAACGAAGAGAGGAGGACCGAUGGAGGAUUUCAUGGAAUCAAAGGAAGAGCUGAGAAUUUCAAGGGUUCAGUGGAUGAGAAGGUGGAGAUUGAAGGGAAAUUUGGAGACCUUGCGCUAGUUGACGAUGAUGAGAAGAAAGUAGUUGAUCCGGAGGGUGCGAAAGCUGUAAAUGGAAAUAGAUCAAGGAGAGAGAUGAAUGGUGGUGAUGGUUCAAGGUUCAGGAGAUGGAAAAGGUUGGGUGGUGGUGGCGGAGGGAAGGCGGGAGAUGGUGGUGUUAUGGUAUGGGUGAAAAAAGGAGAGGUUUCCGAUGGGAUUCCGGCGAGGUCAGGGAGGAGCUCUGGUGGUCGUGCCGGGCGAUUUUAAUCAGAUGAGUAAAAUCAUUAUUUUUUAUUAAAUGUCCCUUACUCUUGUCUACACAAUCAUAGAUGAAUAAAUCAUUAUUUUCCAUCCCCGAACAUAGUUGUCUUUUUUAACCUUGCCUGAUUAAAAUGUAAAUUCCUGAUUACUUUGCGUCUA